AUGCCCGCAUUCACCCUGUCAAUAGGAUGUGGAUCCGGUCUCCUGGAAGCCCUAAUACUGCAUAACCAUCCUAACCUCCAAAUCACCGGGAUAGAAGUCUCCGCGUCAGUCAACCGCUACCUUGCAGAAGAGAACUUCGACGUGGUCAGCGGAACUUGGGAUCUGUAUGCGCGUGCGCCGCAGGCGGCAGCAUGGAUGUUUGUUUACCCGCGUGAACCGAAGCUGGUUAGCAAGUAUAUUGAAAUGUACGCUGAUGAUGAGAAUGGAUCUGAGUCAUCGGUGCAGAUGAUACUUUGGUUGGGGCCUCGGGCGGAUUGGGCCGAUUAUGAGCCAUGCUUUCGCAAUUCGUCGUUCUCAGACGUGUCUAUCCCUGGUGAGAGCAUGGCCUCUUGGGCAACCCGCUACAGGGUAUACCAGUUUGGGCGGGUAUCUUCUACUUAUUCUAGACUGAAUUCUUCAGAAUUCGUAGUAAUCGAUGUACUGGAACUGACUCUAUCCUUUCUGCAAGGCUUCUUGUUGGCCACCAUGAUUGGAAGUUGGGGUCUGCUACUCAUACUGCGUCCAACAUUGCUCAUUGCUAGAGUUCAGACACGACACUCCCCUUCCCCUGUCAUGCAUACUGCCGGAUUUCCACGUCACUCUGUAUCCGGUGCUACAAAGACGGGUGGUGGCUUGCGUGCACCUUGCAUUACGUGUAGCGAGAGCUAUGCAUAA